CGUGUUUCACCUUGAAUUCGGAAGACAGACGAUCCCAGUCCCACUCUUCAUACACCCAGGACGAUCCUAUCAUCCUAGUCCCAGAAGCGCGCGGACCAAUUCAACCCUCUUAUUUAAAAAAAAUACCACCUGCACGUGGCAUCAUCAACGCAAUGUUGACGUGACGAGCAGUUGUUGAGUUUUCUGCGAACUUGCGAAGAGUACAGUGAAUAAAUAUCGAACUACUUUCACAUCUCGAGUGGCCUGUCAACCAUCUAAGUUAGAGUCGGUGUAUGAGUAGCAGACAACCAGCUCGACAUUUAACUCGUCGCCUCUCAUAAGUCCAGCCAAACGGUUCCGGCUUGUUAACUAGUAUCAUACUAUCAUCUUUCGUUCCCCCAAAAAAAAAAGUGAGAGAGAGAGAGAGAGAGAGAGAGAGGUAGAGGCUGAUCAAAGGAGCAAUGGUGUUCUUUUGUUUCCUUGUGGAUCAGAAGCGGGAGGUGUGUAACAGCAAACCAGCGGCCGGAAUCUGCUCGAGGUGCGGAGGUGGGGCCAGCGUUGCCGAUAUGAGAACGGCGACCAGAUUCUGUUACGUUCCAUUCUACUGGAAAUCCUGGCGAGCUAUCAUAUGCACUUUCUGCGGAGCCAUUCUUAAAUCUUACAGAUAAAAUGUUUCUCUCUGGAGCUCUAUUAUAAUUCCAAUUUUAAUCUCUUACUUUUGUUUUUCAUCCGAUCGAGUUGUAUAAUCUAUAUGUAUAUGUAUAUUGAAUCUAGGGCUGUUUUGGCCUUCGUGGCUACUUGAAGAGAUAUAAUUAGUGUUUAGUGUUUGUUGCUGAAAAUAUAGAACGAAAAUACAAAAUUUAUGCUUCUUCUUAA